UCAAGAUGUCUGGACGUGGUAAAGGAGGAAAAGGACUUGGAAAAGGAGGCGCUAAGCGUCAUCGUAAGGUGUUGCGUGAUAACAUCCAAGGUAUCACCAAACCGGCUAUCCGUCGUCUUGCUCGUCGUGGUGGUGUCAAGCGUAUAUCUGGUCUUAUCUACGAAGAGACCCGUGGUGUAUUGAAAGUAUUCCUUGAGAAUGUCAUCCGUGAUGCUGUCACAUACACUGAGCAUGCCAAGAGAAAGACCGUCACCGCCAUGGAUGUCGUCUACGCCUUGAAGAGACAAGGCCGAACCCUGUACGGAUUCGGAGGAAAAGCUAAGGGAAAGGCCAAGAGCCGAUCAAGCCGUGCUGGACUCCAGUUCCCAGUCGGUCGUGUCCACCGAUUCUUGCGAAAGGGUAACUAUGCAUCUCGAGUCGGUGCUGGUGCCCCAGUCUACAUGGCUGCCGUACUCGAGUACUUGACUGCUGAAAUCUUGGAGUUGGCUGGUAACGCUGCCCGUGAUAACAAAAAGAGCAGAAUCAUCCCCCGUCACCUUCAACUUGCCAUCCGUAACGAUGAAGAGUUGAACCGUCUUCUCGGAAGUGUGACCAUCGCACAAGGAGGUGUACUACCAAAUAUCCAGGCUGUACUUUUGCCAAAGAAGACCCAGGCCAAAACCAACAUCUACCUUCCUCAAAUUUACCUCGAGGACAUUUCGAAUCGAAUUUCGAAUACAGCAAUAAGUAAUAUGUCUGGACGUGGUAAAGGAGGGAAAGGACUUGGAAAAGGAGGCGCUAAGCGUCAUCGUAAGGUGUUGCGUGAUAACAUCCAAGGUAUCACCAAACCAGCUAUCCGUCGUCUUGCUCGUCGUGGCGGUGUCAAGCGUAUUUCUGGUCUCAUUUACGAAGAGACCCGUGGUGUAUUGAAAGUAUUCCUUGAAAAUGUCAUCCGUGAUGCUGUCACAUACACCGAGCACGCCAAGAGAAAGACCGUCACCGCCAUGGAUGUCGUCUACGCCUUAAAGAGACAAGGCCGAACCCUGUACGGAUUCGGUGGUUAAACUGCUCAU